ACCACCACAGUUAAGACUCCGUAACAACCACUCAGAAACACCCCACUCAUUUGCCUUGAAAUAUCUCCCAUUUAAGACCACAAAAAUAGCCCAUUAAGAGUAAUAAAGUGAAGGCACAAACAAUCCUUGUUCCCCCCCUACGUUUCCUUCAAAAUUCACAAGGGAUCAAUUUGAAAAUUCACUGACAAGUUAAGGAGGCAGCGAUUAUUCUUAGAAAGCUCAAAAACAUUCCUUGAAAGAGAGCUUUUUGUUUGGAGAAUGGGAGCGAUGGGGGCAGCUGAUGCGGAUGGGCCAAUGCACGGGCUGAGUGGUGGUGGUGAGGAGAAAUUUUUUGUUUCAGUUCGGCUGCGGCCUUUGAAUGAGAAGGAAAUCGCAAGGAAUGAUGUAUCAGAUUGGGAAUCCAUCAAUUAUGACACUGUCAUAUACAGGAAUAACCUUCCAGUGUCUGAGCGGUCCAUGUACCCAACAGCUUAUACAUUUGAUAGAGUAUUUGGGUCUGAUUGCUCCACUAAGCAUGUAUAUGGAGAAGGAGCCAAGGAAGUUGCUCUUUCAGUCGUCAGUGGUAUAAACUCAAGUGUAUUUGCAUAUGGAAAAACGUACAGUGAGUGGAAUUACUGAGUACACUGUAACAGAUAUAUAUGACUGUGGAGAAGGUAACGAGAAUACUUGAUACAAUUUUCUAUCAUUACUCUAAAUACUCCAUUUUUUUUAUUCCUUAGAUGUUCUCCUUCUCGAUGAAAAUUUAUUGUGUUCCCCCCUUUUGGAGUUCAAGGAAAGAGAGUUUGAAAUUCUCUGCCAAGGAGAUUUACAACGAAUCCGUCAGAGACCUCCUUAGUACAGAUGCAACUCCUCUCCGACUUCUAGAUGAUCCAGAGGUGAUAUUCAUUUUAGGUGUGAGUUGUGAGAAAGCUUGUAAAUCCGAUGUAAAAUUGUAACGCUGAUGCUUCCCUUUUAUCUGUUCUUCUUCUCAUCUUUUCGGGGUUAAACAGGACCUCUUAUAGAAUAAAUGGUAGCUUCUUGGGUAGCAUAA